GAUUGGCUAGUGCGCUCCCUGCAGUUACCCGGAUAAAGAUUGGCUAUAUUUUCUGCACAAUUGAAAGCGGGGGCUGUAGUUCAAACCACUAGUCGGCAACAAGAAAGUCGAUUUUGUGCUGCAGUGUCAGAAAUUAUUAGUGGCUGUUAAAUAUGGCUGGUGGUAAGGCAGGUAAAGACUCUGGGAAGACCAAGACAAAAGCUAUUUCACGCUCGCAGAGAGCAGGGCUGCAGUUCCCAGUGGGUCGUAUUCACAGACACCUCAAGUCCAGAACCACCAGCCACGGCAGAGUGGGAGCCACUGCAGCGGUGUACAGCGCGGCUAUACUUGAAUACCUCACGGCCGAGGUUCUGGAGUUGGCAGGAAAUGCAUCAAAGGAUCUUAAGGUGAAGCGUAUAACCCCACGCCACUUGCAGCUGGCCAUUAGAGGAGAUGAAGAGCUGGAUUCACUUAUCAAGGCCACUAUUGCUGGAGGAGGUGUGAUCCCUCACAUCCACAAGUCUCUGAUUGGAAAGAAGGGCCAGCAGAAGACCGUAUAACCUAAAGUGCUCUGGAAGUUUGCAUCACGUGGUUAAAUGUCUUACAUUAGAACACCUUUAGGAAUUAUUUGUAUGGUUGAGCUUGCAUUUACUCACCUGGGGUAUUUUUUAAAAAGUGGCUUCAGAGAAGCUCAGUUUUUGUUUUUUCUGGUGCUGCAGUUUUUGUGUUGAAACUUGCUUUUGUGGCGUUCCCAUGUUUAAAGUGGUGUUUUAAUAAAGCUCUUAUUGGGCA